AUGAAGGGAUGGACGCUGCUGUGAUACACAAGAUGGUGUGAAGUAUUGUCCAGUACUGACUGUAACCGUGACAACAUGCUCCUUCCUGAAACCUCUGAAGAAUAGAGAGAGAGAAAAAAAAGACAAGCAGCAAGAGAGAGAUCACAGCAAAGACGUAAAAGGAAAAGAUGUAUCUAUGGGUGUUGUUGCUGUUGACUCUGUGGGUUCUGUCCUCAGCGAGUCUUCAUGACAUUGAUAACUCCAUAGAGCAGAGAAAUGAUGCAACUUGGAUUCCUGGGAAAUCGGCUAACAGAUCGAUGCUAACAGACCAACCUCUUAGUGUUACUAAGUUCAGACAGAGGAGGCCAGUUCAUUCUUCUUCCUUUAAGACUACCAUUGACACCAACCUGGAGUGGAUCACCUUUAAACAUGCUAUUCCCAACACUGCAGUCUCAAUUUACAACAGAAAUUUUCAUCGCACUGAUUAUGUCUGCAAAUACAAGUGUGACACAGGCUUUUAUACCCCCAAAGAGGGUCCUUAUUGUUUCUUUGCUCGCAAAAACAGAGUAUACAGAGGAUUUCCUUUUGAGCUACUGGUCAACAGAGACAACUUUGAGAUUCUGGAGUGGAAGGAUAAUUCGUCUGGUAAGGUGCCCAAGAAUUCAGUCUCGACCUGUCCAGGCGAACAAAUAUAUGUAGGAAUGAACAAAUAUGGACUUGGGAAUGUGUCCACUAAAGAAAAGGCCUUCUACCUGCCCUGGAAGGGUAAAGUAUAUACGUACACAUCCUACAAGGUCCUGACCACCAAUGAAAAUAUAGUCAGCCAACAGAUUGAUGAUGUCAGGUACAACAUUGACAACGCUAAAAUUCUCCAAUAUCCUCCUGAGGUCAUGCGUCAAACAACCAUCAGCAACUAUGAAUGUCAACCAGUAGUGAAAACAAGUUCCAUCUCAAAGACAAGUCAGGUGGAGCGCAGGUGGGACACUACUUCUUCUGUUGCAGUUACUGUUACUACAAGCAUUGAAGCUGGUAUCCCUGACGUCUUUUCUGCAAGUAUUGAGAUCAGCACGGAGGUGUCGUUUGGAUUGACUAUAGGAACUACUGUGACAGAGAGCGUCACUGAUACUGUGUCUGUGGAGGUCACUGUGCUACCAAACCAAUCCUGUGUCAUUAAUAUGCUCCGGUACAAAUACAAAGUCAACAUCCCAUUCACAGGACGCCUCAGACGCACUUACGGUAAUGGGAACAUCCGAAUAACAUCCAUUACUGGGAAAUAUAAUGGCAUUCAGGUGGGAGAAGUCCGGGCUGUGGUGAAUCGAUGUGAACCUCUGGAUGGAUCUAAGCCUUGUCCAUGAAAUCAACAAACCUCAGUAUGAUGUCUGGUGAUGUCUAAUGUGUUUUUAGCCAUCAAACUCCUCUUCUUGUUGAAUUUGAAUGAAAUUAUUUUAGCUGUUUACGGUAGAAGAAUGUCAUUAAACAGAAAAUGAAUACAAUUAUACAAUGUUAUGUUUAUCACUUAUUUAUGAUAAUAUGUAUUAGCGGAAAAUGAAAAGUG